UUCAGUGUCCGUGAUCACGUGAUUGCCGCAGCCGAAGGAGAGCGCAGAGCGACUCGAGGAGAACGUCUCUUUUGCGCACCUUUAUUUGACAGCAUGCAUUUCACAGAGAGUGGGACAUUAUUCUGAAGGCUGUGCGUUAACUGUGUGUCACGCAUGAAUAUGCUGCGCUUUAUUCUGGACUGUCUGCGGCCGGCACGAGCUCGCGCUGCAGCCGCUGCCAGAGACACGGAGCUUGAGGCUCAGGUCAACACUUCAGAUGAGAAUGAAAUCAAGGGUCUGCAGGAUGAGGUGCACAUGGAACAGGAGACCCUUCAGACGGUCAAGGCCUUGCGCCGUAACACGCAGGAGACCGUGGAGAUGCUGGAGGACAGGAAGACACAGCUGAAGGAAGAACUGAAGAUCAUCUAUGACCUCCAGAAACAGGAGAGGGAAGUGCUGCAGUCGCUGCAGGAGGAGCAGCAGGAGCUGGAGCAGACCGCGCAGCAGUAUGAUGUUGAGCUGUGUGCCGCGGCCGAAGAUCUCCUGCAGCUCCAGCGGGAAGUGGCUUACGCUAAAGCACACGCAGAAAGCCUGCAUCUACGGGUCACUCCGCUGCAGGACUUAAUCGAGGAGAUUAUACAGGUCACAGUUAAAAAGAAGCUGGCUGAGCUGGUUGCUGGCCUCAUAACCGGUGAAAGUUCAGUGGCUGAGAUGACAGAAGAAGCUCCUUGUGUCGGUUUGGAUCAGGCGUUGGAAGAACACAUGGAUGAUGUAGAAAGCGAGUGUAAUCAUGUCUACAGUGAGAAGAGCAAGUCCAAACCGGAAAGAGAGGAAGUGAAUGAUGUCGAGCAAGAGAACACUGUAGAGGAGCUCAAUAAAAUGCAGUGUUCAAUGGAGAACUUGAAGAGCAGUGGCUCAUCGUCUUUCACUGAGAUCACACUGACAGAGGUCAAAGAGGAGGAUGUUAUGUUCAGAUCAACCACUCCGCAGUCUGACUCUUCUGACAUGGAGAAGGAGGACUUUGAGAUUAUUCAUCCCAGUCAGACGACAAACAAACAGUUUGACUUCUUCCAUCCAAACCCCUUCACUGAUGGUGAUGUAUUUGGAGAGGACCACUUUCCAAAGGUUGACGUAACAGAGCAAUUACCCAGGGACCCGUUUAAAGGCACAGACCCUUUCGCCUCUGACUCUCUCUUGGUUAACAUGUCAGAAGAAAAGUAUUGUCAGGAUGACUUCAUCCCUGCAGAGAACAGUCUUCCAGAAACUAUACACUAUCACCAAUCCGUCGUUAAAGACUACGGUACUUUUAACACUCCCGUCAACUUGCCACCAGAUACUGAUAGCACACAGUCCACUGGAAAGCGUGACAGCGGUGUGUCCAUGUCCACUGAAAGCAGGAGUCUCAAAUCUUGCAGCGAUAAUGGGUCUGAGCUUGGGACAAACGCCACACAAGACCGAAAUCAUGAUGCUGUGCAACCAGAUCUAUCCGUUGAAGCUGUUAGUCCUCAGUUCAAUGACGAGUGUGUCCAUGAAUCAGACUCUAGUCACAGUUCUACAGUGUUUAAUUCCUUCGAUGCCGAUUCCAAUGUAUUCGCUGAAGAGGAGGAGGAGGACAGGGUUGACGUACAGGCUGGAUCCGGUUUAAUUAAAAGAGCUAACUCUCUGUGUGGUCUGCAGAGCAUCAUCGCAGGGUCCUAUACAGGGUUUCCUCUAAGUCCAUGUGACCCUGAUCCUCUCCCAGGCGAUUUCCAGAAGACCUUUGAACAUCAUAUUACCACUUCUGAACUAAAUGCUGCGAAUGACAAAGAACUCAUAAAAACUGAGAGUUUAUCUCCAGAUGAUAGUGCAGGUCCUCUGUGUGAACAGUUGCAUGAUAUAAACAGUAGCUCUCCUUCCAUUUCUCCUUCUCAACCUUCUGCUUUAGACGAAUACGACUACAAAUAUGGAGAUAUGUUCUUCUUCACUGUGAGAUUAGAUCCCGGUAGCCCUGAACUACAUAAUCAAAGUCCAGUUUGUCCUGAACACAAUUAUGUAAAGAAAGAGGAGUCCAAUUGCCAAAUUAAUUGGCAGGACACCUCUUUGAGCCCUGAAUUUAAUGAUGCAGAUGAAUUUGAAUGCUCCAGUCCAAAGCCUGAAGACACAGAACAACGCAACCAGAUCACUAACGACGAGAACGAAGUGGAGGUGGAAAUCGCUAAACAUGAUGAAAUAUUAGUGCCUGAUUCUGAAAAGGUGGUUUUAGAUAUCCCAUGUCUUACAUUUAAUGAUUCAAAUGCUUGCCAAAGUGUGCUUGAUUCAGAGUGGAAUGACCAAUGGACGGCAAAUCCAGAUGUAGCUGAACCUGUUCCUGAUUCACCCAUCCUGGACACGGAAAGCAAUCCGCCAAAUUCUACAGCUCAAGACGUCUUUUGUCUGUUUAGUAACACAGAAACAUCAGCUACUGACCAGUUUUAUGCCAAUAAACAACUCAGCCCUGAAUCUAGCAGUUCACCACACAAACCUUCUUCCUCUGAAGGCUUGGCCAUGAGUAAACUUGAACUCCAGUAUUUUGACCCAUUUAGUCCCAUACCUGCUGAGCCGGUCGAAGGCGUAUCUGACUUAGAAGAAAUGAACACUGUUAACUCAUUCUGUCAUGAAGCUCCAAGACUAGAUUCUGGUUACCAUGAAGUUGGUACUCCUACUCCUUUUAGUCCAGAACCUGCUGACAAAACCAAGUGUAGCAUUGAUCUUCAAGGCCCAGGUUUGGGAGCUAGGAAGCAGAGCAACUCUGAAAUCCACGUCCCUGAUCCAUUUAGCCCCGAAUCCGUCGAUACAGGGAUAUUUGACUCGGAAACGGAAAACUGUGAGUCUGGUUAUAUGAUAAGUACAUGCCAACUCUUAAGUCCUCAACCAGUUUACACAGAUUUAAAUAAUCUGGAGGAGAAGCAGAUGUCCUGUGACGUGCUAAGUGAUCAUCUCAGUGGAUCCGAACAUGAUGAUUGUUACCCCUUUGGUUCUUGUCCAUCUAAUGAAGAGAGUUAUGCUUAUAGUAGUGAAGAAAAACUCAUUGAACCAGUCCGAGAAGGAUAUGAUGCUUCAGGAGAAUCCAAACCUUGCUCUAUAGUGUCAAAUGCUAGUGGUUCCUCUCAAGUAUUUCACUGUGGUUCGGUGUGGGGAACCUCUGAAAUGAGCUUUCCCGACUCUGAAGUGCUUGGCCCAAUGAAAAACAACAUUUUUGAUUUUAAUACAAUGGAUGUUGGCUCAUUUGUGUCCAACGAAAGCCAAGAAGCUGAAGAGGCUCAACACGGUGCUGGAAAAGUGACGAAAAACGCCGACCUGUCUGAAAUUGACUAUUUCUGUUCUGAGCUCAGUAAAAUGGUAUCCUCAAGUUCGUCUGAUUCUGUUCAGCAAAGUGUUGCUGAGAUGUUAUUCGGCGCUGAUCCCAACGCCUCAAGCUUUUACCCCUGGGAUUUUGAAAAGCCACAACACAGUUGUUAGUUUUCACACCCAUUGUGCUUUAAUCGCUCUCAUUAAAUCACGGUUGCAUUUUCACAUGACUUUCCAUUGUUACAUGGAGAAAAAAGAAACUAAUUGUCUAAGUGUAAACAUUUGUAAAUGUCAGAGUGUCUAAACUUAAUGCGAUUCACUUUUGUAGCUGCAUUUCUAAUUGUUGUAGUCUUUCCAUUAUUUUAUUUAUUUAUUUUCAAAUGCCAAUUAUAACCAAAUACUAACUGCUGAUAUGUAGCAUAAUAAAUAUGUAACAUUUUAAACUUCCUCUGUUGGACUUUGGAGUUACGUCCAUUCAACAUGAAUGCUGAGAUUAUUUUCACUAAAUGCAUUUGGAAGACAUAUUCAAAUGCAGUGCAUGUAUCGUAUAUGUGUGUACAGAUAGCAAGUGACAUUUAUCAACAAAUUAAUUUUUAGUAAAUGGACAGAUGUGGA